GCAGCAACCAGCAGGAAACUUCAGUCUACGCCGAUCAGUCGUUCUGAACGGUUGACCGAUACACCUCCGAGUUUCAUCGAACGCCAUCAGUUUUUCAAAAGACUUCUUUGACUUAAACAAAUAAAAAAAAAAGUUUUAAAAAAUUAAGUUUACGCGAAACAAUUAUUUUAAUAAUAAUUAUUAAAAUAGAUCAAAUUACAGUGAGUUUUUUGUGUAUCCUUUUUUCUUUUCGUUCCUUUGGAUUAAAACUACCAUCAUCAUAACAAACCGUUGAUUUCUAGAAGACCUCGUUUAACAUUGAAAUGGAUAAUACAAGUUGAAAAAUUCCAAAUAAUGGCAGCAACAGACGGCCAAAUAACAGUGGCCGCGGCUCGAUGGGCAGACGAAGGAAAUUACCUCCGAGAGUUCGUCACAAAACAUCGAUUUCCUGCCGUCGUCAAAAUAAUAAAAGGCCAAUACGGUGGAUUAGGUGUCCCAACAUUACCAUCACCCAGCCUCCAAUCGACAGCACUUCUAGUCUCGGCAGGAAAACGUCACAAAAUCGUAGCGCAAGCUGUCAAAAUCAAAGAAGGUCGUCGAUUAGUUUGCGUGGGCCCCCGUUUGGCCAUACCAGAUACUUAUCCCGGUUAUUUCGAACUAUUAAGCGAAGAAGGUAGAGCAGUUAGGUGCAUAGAAAGUGUUAAUGAAUUAAGUAGAAGAAGACCGGAAGAAGGAUGUUUAGUUCGUGAAACGAUACGUGGAGUUCAAGCAAAAACUGACGGCGACGGAAAUGUUGUACCUGAAGGUGCAAGAACAAUUCCCGCUGGAGAAGUUUUAAUACCUUCAGGUGAAACGAUAAUUCCUGGUUCAAAAGGAAAAUACUUGAAAUGUAUUGACUCAAGAGGUGAUACAAUUUUAUUGGGUUUAGAACAAAGAGGAAAAUUUAGUGCGUUAGCGCGAGAAGAUAACAUCAGUGGUGUGCACACCGCAAAAAAUCUUUUAAGCAAAAGAAUGCCUUUAACAGUACGUUUAGUACAUGGUACAUCCCCGAGAGGUUUAAAAAGUCCAAAUCAUUUUGUACCAGAAUUAAGAUUAUUAUCAAUAUUUGAAGAAGAGCAUAUAUUUGCAUUACCAUUACAGAAAGAUAUUAAUACAGUAACAGCUUUACCUUUAGCAGCACCAUUAAAAUUAUUAAGAACAAGAAACGAGGAACAAUUAAAAACCAUGAUUGAAUUUAAUCGUUUAGUCGAAAAAUGUACGAAAUUAUCCUCGGAAGUUUCUGAUAGAAUUCAAGUUUUAGAUGGAAAAUUAGGCGAUUCCAAAAAAACACCAAAUUUAGAAAAAAAUGGUUAUCUAUUACGUAGAAGUGCAUCCUCAGAUUCAGCAAACCAUCGAACGAAACAUACGCAUCAUAAAAAAGAAAUACAUCAUACGAAAGAUUACGAAGAAAUCGAUCAAAUUUAUGAUUACGUAAGAGGUUUUGCACCGUUACCAAAAAGCGUAAGAACAUUUAAUUCAAUAGAAACAACAAUUGCAAUAAAUAAUGGCGAAAAACCUGAACCACCACCAAUCGAAACGAUCCCAACAAAAAAAUUGCAAGCUGAAAAACGUAAUCGAAAAACAUCAACAAUUCGUGAUUCACAAAAAAUUAAUAAUAGUGAAAAAAUUCCACCUGGUUUACCAAAAUUAUAUGUAAAAAAUGGACAUUCGCAAAGAGGUAGAUUAUUUCGUCAAAAAAGUGCUUCACCUAUGAAAGAAACACCACCGAGUCCUAUUUCAAAAUCAGGUUCACCACUAUUUAAUAUUCGUUAUAAAUCUUUAAAUAAUUUACAACAAGCGAUGGAACUCGACGGAACUUUAGAUUCGAGUAAUUCUGGUGGAAGAGCGAGUGGCGAUUCUGGACAAACGAAGCAACCGGAAAAACGAUCGAGAAAACUUUCGCGACCGAGAAGUUUAAAUAAUUUGGUUUGGGAAAUCCGCGAAUAUCCAGAUAUUUCAAUGGUCGUUGAAAAAUCAAAGAAAAUCGAAAGCCCUCCUCCUGCGUUAAUUUAUAAACCGAAACAUUCAACGAAAUUUUUGGCUAAUCAUCAAAGUCAAAGGCAAAGAGGGGCGCAUUACUUAUAAAAUGAUUAAUAAUCGAAAAAGGAAAUAAGUGUUAAAGUGUUAAAAAUAAAAAAGUUUCCGGACGUUUUUUCUUAUGUUUUUUAAAUAAAGCUUUUUUUUAGUUAAAAAAAGCUGUUCUUGUGAUUUAUCCGUGGAACUGUGUGAUUUUCGAAUCGUUUUUUAUUAAAUAAGUGAUUUUUUUAAACUUAGGGUUGGUCGGUUGAAUUCGUUCUAAGAAUUUAUCAUUUAAAAAAAGUUUCUAAUUUCAUUUUCUUCUUGAAAUUAUAAAAUCAUAAAUUAUUAUAAUCAUUAAGAUGCAUAUUCAACCAAUUGGAAUGACAAUUAAAACAAAAAAUUUAAUUAUUAUUUGACAGGUUAUAACAAAGAAAAUAUGAAUACUAACUAUGUGAAUAUCAUAUGAUUAUGAUGAAUUGACGAUUUGUACUUAUUAUAAACGGUUUUGGCUAUCAAUUAACAGUAGUUUGAACACAUUUUAAAUUUUGUAUGAAUCGAUAUGUAAUAUGUGAUAUUUUAUCAACCACUAGCUCUUCCAACAUACUCUUUCGUAAAAAUGUGUUUACCAAACGUCGCUUCGCUUCCCUCUAUAAAGCUCUUUUAGCGGGAUAUCGAUUCUUUCUCCUUCAUUUUCUUAUUCAGUUUGCCAUUAUCUGACGAGGUUGAUGACCGAUAAGUCGGUGUUUCAUACGGGUCCUUUUGCGGCUUUUUAUUAAUACCAAGUCUGAUAUUUUCCAGGAGUAUGGAAACCCUUUUUGAGACAAGCAGAAUCUUGAAUGUAACCCCUUCAUACGAUACCUCAAACGGUUUCAAAUUAGAUGCAAAAAGGGGGAGUUUAUUUGAUGCACACUGUAUACAUUCCCCACAUAUCCCAUUCUGCUCUUUACAUAAAGUGUUCCAUUUAGCUUCUUUAAUUUUGAAAAGUUGCGUUUUUACUUUUCAUUUAAAUUAAUAUUUAUUGCGUUGGUCAUCAGAAUCUUGACAACUAUCGCGCUACUCAAUUUCUUAAAGGUGGGAUCUGUCACUCUUCAUCCGUAGGCUAGAUGCUUCUGACUUGGCCACUAAGUCGAGGCGGCCGUAAUCUCAUAAGCAUAAUGUAAUCGUGCCUAUUACAUGCUAGCCGCUUGUCGCCAAAUGCGUACGGUUGUUUAAAUGAUAAAGCUUAGAUUUUGAUGGCCACCGCGGUUUGACCGCCAUAUGCUUAAUCUCACUUUUUGACACAUACCAAAAACACUGCAGUAAAUUCUAUUGUUAUAGAUCAUUAUUAUCACUCUUCCUCUUAGAGAUAAAUCGAACGAUUUUUAGUAUUAAAAAUUGUUCGAUUUUCAUGUUGUGUCAUCUUUCCUUUCUUAUAUUUAUACUAAAUACCGUUUAAAAUCUUAUAUAUUGGAAAAAAAUAAUAUGAAAAAGCUACAGGUACCUCUUCAAGGUAACUCUUCUACUACCUUAAUUAUAAGCUUUGUUCCAACCGUACAAAUUUGACCAAUUCACUUACGCGUACACGACUUUCUUCUGCGCAUUCGUUAAACGCGUUGGAACGAAUUGAAAGUUGUAAGCACGGUUAAUGUGCGCUGCAAACACAAUUUACGAUUACAAACGAAAUCCGCUUACUCAAUUCAUUUAUAUCAUAUACUAGUAUAUCAUCUUUUAACAACAAUGAACUAAAGUUGCAAGAAUUAUAAAUCUAA